UUUUCAGCUAAUACAAAAUGUCACUCUUAUUUUUCAAGCUCUAAUUUUUGGUUUGUGAGCACAUCUAUAGUUGGCGCUGUAAUGAGAAUUAUAAUAAUGAUAAUUGAGUCCAAAUAAUAUCUGGCAACAUUAUUUUACUAUUAUUUAUUUUUAAUACUGGUAAUUAUUAAAACUCCGGCAAUGGUACGUUUCUUUACAGUCAAAAUAUUACGUCAAAUUCAACUGCUAUAAUAGUUAUUAAAUAUUUUAGUAUCUAGUCAUUCACGAAAAUUUAAUAAAAUAAAACAUUACAUAUAUAUUUAUAUUACUAAUACAUCAAUAUGUUUAAAAAAUAUAGAAUUUGCAUACUACAAAAUAUUUUAGUGUGUAUAUGUCAUUCACGCAAUGUGUGCAUAAUACGGAACGUUAUUUGCUAUUACGGCCGCCAUAAUACAAAUAACUUUUUCGGAUUUUUGUGUUUUUAUCGACAACUCUAGCUUUUUCGUGGACUCUGAUUUGCCUCCUCACCUUCUGACCUUUGCGAGUACUAUAAUUGACCUUGAUUUGCCUUUUGAUUUGGAUUUUGUACUAUGGCGUCGAAACAUAAGUGUUUUAUUCCUGGUUGUGACCAGAAUGAAAAACGUGAAACCACCAGUACCUUACAUAGGUUCCCCAAUCCUGAUAAGGAUGCUGGGAGAUUCCGAAAAUGGACCAAUGCUAUUGGUGGAAACUUAGUUAUGCUUGAUGACAAUUAUAUUUUUAAAAAUGCCAGAGUUUGUCACCAACAUUUUGAAUCCAAAUAUCAUACCUGGAGUUCAAGACUCACUAUUGACGCAGUCCCAACUUUAUUACUCAAAGUUUCGACACGUAAAAGACCAUUGUCAGACAUUAACAAUUUUGCUACAGACAAUACUGCACCGUCCACAUCUGAAGCUUUAUUGAUUUCAACAGAACCAGCAGUAACUGCGAGUACUUCAACAGCUGUACCUAAAAAGCGAUACUCUGCAAGAAAUGAAAAAGUACCCAUAGCAACAAGGAACUACUUGGAAAAGAAGAUCCAGACAUUACGAUGCAAGAAGGAUAGUUACGUGACCAGACUGAAAAAAGCUAUGAAGCUUUCAGAAAACGAAACAUUUAAGAAUUUUUUAAAUAAAUUCACGUCGCUCGCAGCCAUAUUUACGAUUAUGCAGUUUCGAGAAAUAAGCAAACCAAAAAUGGGGAGGAGAUUUUCAAGAAAUGAGAAGAUCAUGGCACUCAGUCUGUAUAAGCAGGGCCCAAAAGCAUACAGAUGGCUAAGAAAAAUAUUACUAUUAAUAUUAAUAUUAAUAUUAAUAUACUGCCAUCUCCUGUCACUUUAA